CUAGAACCAUCGUACUUCUCACGUUGCGACACAUUUGCAUCUUUUCAAGUCCAAUCUCAUCACCAAAAAUCCAGGAAUUCAACCAAUUUCACCAUGGAAUCCACCAUCCCGAAUGAGCGCAGGCUGCGCCAGAUCACCGUCGCAACUCUUCUCCCCGCGUUUCCCCUCAUCGUAGCCUCGGGCGCAAUGUACAACUACAUGUAUGGCUGGAACCUGACCGUCAUCUACUUCGGCCUGAUCCCGACCUUCUUCUCAGCGAUCACAUCGGUGAUCGCACUGAAGGCCAAGCACGACCCGUUGGCCAAGCGUGCCCCUUGGGUCACAGGUCUAUGGGUGUUGAAUGAUCUCUUCCUGGCGCUGGCGAACUUGGCCAUCCUGAUUCCAGUGUGGAUUACCGACCCGGUGUUAAUGAGAUGCCAUGCGAAUUGGAUGAUGCUGGAGACGUACGCGACGGUGUUCUUGAUGUCAAACAUGUUCAUCCACGCGUAUCUCGCUUUGUAUCCGUUUAAGUCGUUCUCUUUUAAGUUUCAAGGGAAGGAGUGCCCGCACUGCCACGGCAAGCUUGGGACUAGCGUGGAGUCUAUUGGUACGAAACGCGAAGGAUACAGCCUUCUCCGUUCAGAGAACUAUUUGGAUGAGCAGGAGGCCGAGGCUAGCACCGGUGCUAUAAGACUUUCUACCGACUCGGAUGCCUAGAUGUUAUA